CAGAUGCGGGAGCCCCUGUCCGCGAACAGACGCCGGAGCAGGGUCGUGUUGAAAAGAUGCCCUACCUAUGUUCCUUGGGCCUGCGUGGGCCCACACACUGACACAUUAGCCACAGAUGGCUUAGCCACGGCGACUCACAGGACCGAGAAGGCGAGGCGGCCAUCCGGCUCCGGCGCGGCGGAGGCGAGCGAGCUCGCGCCCUCCAAGCCACCCCGUCCCUGAUGCGGGGCUCUGGAGGCCGGACGGCCACGUCAUGCGCGCGAGCGGGGAGCGGCCGGCGACUCGUCUGACUCCCUCAGGUCCGCCUCCCUCGCCGUCGCCGCCACCGGAUUCCGUUGAAUCACUCGCCCACCCCAGCCUGGGUUCCACCUCGCUUCUGCUCAUGCAUCGUAUUAACUGCGUUCAAAUCAAAAGUUGGAACAUAGAAGAAAAGAAAGAAAGCAUUCAGCACUUGCGAGGAUUGACCACAUCCACAUGGAGGGAAGAGGGUACAAAAGAGACAGUUUGUGUUAAUUAUCUCCCUGUCUUGCUAGAUGUUCUAACUGUUCUUAAGAAUAAUGGCCAUCUCUGAUUCCAUCGUCAAAAAAGAAAAAAACACAAGGUAAAGAAACAUAAUGUUGAUGCCCAGGCCUUCAAAUUUGAGAAAGCAGGUACCGGCGUAGUAACAGACAUAGAAACCGGAAACCAAAAUGGCCGAGAUUCCCCAGCUAGGACGGCACUCAGAAAACAGAGGAUCAGACAGAAACAGAGGAUCUAGCCCCUGUUUUGUUGUGUUACUGAUGUUGGUGGUGUUCAUUCAUAGUGUAAGGUUAAUGAAAAAAUGUACUAGUAGUGUAUCUCAUUGUCAAGAUGCGGUGGCCUGGAUAAUUGCAAUAUUGCGAGCAUCGUAUUUAAUUGCGGUCAAAUAAAAGUUGGAAGUUGGAACAGAUAAAAAAAUAAAAUAAAAAUCAUUCAGCAGUUGCCAGGA